CUUCUUCUGUCCAAAGAUAUCUCUCUAUUUAUGUGACAGUCACUUCACCAACAUCAUGGAUGUUCUGCUCAGUCUAUUCUUGGGUUUGGUUGGCCAGUUGUUCAUGUUAAACAGGAAGCUGUAGGGACAUAGGUUGCAGUAUGGGUGGAAAUGGCAUUAGAGCUUUGGUUGGAGCUGUUGUGUCUCUGGGUAUUAUUGUGUUUCUUCUUGUCGGUAUCUUAGCAAACUCUGCAACAAGGGUUCCAUCAACACGAAAGGUCAAGACUUUGCGGUUUAGUGGUGAGGAUGUGAAUCUGUUUCAUGUGAGCAAGCGAAAAGUUCCAAAUGGACCUGAUCCUAUUCAUAACAGGAAAUCAGAAACUUCGAGACGGCCAACACGAGUUUGAUAUAGCUACGAGACGUGAAUGACACAAAGUGAACUACGCGACCUCUCAAUUGCAUUUCCACGUCAAGAAGCUACUUUUCUUUUUUGGUGGAGCGAUCCAUAACUUCAAAUAUAGAUACAGGCUAUGAAUUCAUAGCUUGUGUAGCCUUGCUCUGUUUUGCAAAGGUGAAGUCUCUUCUUGGCUCUGUAGCGUUUUGGAAGGUGAAGUCAUGCUCUCUUUUUCUUUUUGGACCAUUGUUGUCUAAAGAUUGAUUUUUUUUAGACGUGAAGGUGUAGAGAAGAUUGAGGCAGAUAUUAAGAUUUCUUAAUGGCUUUGUAGGGUUUUUUAAUAACAUUUAUAGAAUU